AUGUCUGAAGUAAAUGUAACAAAAGUAAUAGUGAAUAAUCCAAUAUGUGAUAUACUAGACCCAUUUGUUUUCACUAUUGAGUUUGAAGCUUUAAACAAAUUAGAAGCCGAUCUUGAAUGGAAAAUUUUUUACAUUUCAGCUGUUAAUAAUGAAGGGGAGAGUAAUCAAGAUAUUGAACUAGAUAACAUUUUCUUGGGGCCAAUCGAAAGAGGAGUAAUGAUGUUUGAUUAUGCAGUUAACCCUCCGGAUUAUAAAAAUAUGGAUAUAGAUAGUGUGUUAGGUCUACAAGCAAUACUUAUUUCGGCUAACUACAAAGAGAAGGAAUUCAUCAGAAUUGCAUAUUACAUGAAUUCGUUUUACAAAGAUGUGGAAUUAAGGGAAAAACCACCAGCUGUGCCACAAUACGAUAAAAUAUGUCGACACAUAUUUGUUGAAAAUCCUCGAAUUGUAAAAUUUAGUAUAUGUUGGAAUUCAGGAGAAAAAGAUGAUUUCAAAGAAUUUGAUAAAGAUAAUGAAAAAAUAGAAUUAUUUAAUUGCUCUAAGGUGAAUGAACAAAAUGAAAGUAACUCAAAUGUAACCAAUCAGUCUACUCAAGACAAUAUAUUAAUUUCGAACAUUAACCAUAAUGAGAACAGCAACUAUGCCAGUAGCAAUACGAACAGCAAUGACGGCUAUGGAAAUACAAUUAGUAACAAUGGUAAUAACAACAGCAUUCAAAAUAUAUUUUUUCAUAACGAUGUUAUAAACAAUAAUUUUAACGACAACAACUUUUUAAAGAAUAACCAACUACCAACCGAUUUAGAUAAAUGCGAAAUUUUUAACGCAAAUAUAAACGGAAUUAGUAGAAUUACUAUAGAUAAUAAAAACUUAUAG